GGGUAGGAUUAGACUGGCAAUGGAUGAGCUGGAAGAGACGAAGGCUGAAAUGGAAAAAGAGAAAAAAGAAGCAGAAAAGCACAUGACUGAAUUGAAAAAGGAAGAGCAAGACAUUAAGGAGAGUAUCAACAAGAUGAGAGACAACCUUGAGCAGAUCACAGCUGAAAUACAACAACAGAGAGAUGAUGUAGACAGGGCAAUGGGAGAAGUAAACAUCAAAAAGAAUGAACUGCAAGUAAGCUCUAUAGAGGUGAAUAAACAGAGACAUGAUAUGUCAAAUGAAAAGAUCAGGAUGGAACAAGACAAACAAAACAUUCAAGGUGAAAAGGCUGAACUGGAACGGAUCAAGACUGAGUUACAAGAAAGGUCUGAGAAUCUAGAUCAACUCAUGGACAUGACAAAACGAGAAAAGGAGGGCCUUGAAGUGAUUUCUGGCCAGAUUCAGAAGGAAAGAGAGGAUAUUACAAAACAAACGGAAGAUGUCAAGAAUACAACACAGGUUCUUGAGGCAAUGAAAGCUGAAGUUGAGUCAGAGAAACAAGGAAUCAAAAACAUCAAGAAGAUGCUAUCAAAUGACAGAGAAGAAAUUGAACAAGUCAAGGUUGAGAUGGAAGCAGAAAAGAAAGAUUUUAACAACCUGAACAGCAAAAUGAAAGAAGAUAUGAAUGUGCUGGAAGAAAGGAAGGCUGAAAUGGAAAAAGAGAAAAAAGAAGUAGAAAAGCACAUGGCUGAAUUGAAAGAGGAAGAGCAAGAUAUUAAGGAGAGGAUCAACAAGAUGAGAGACAACCUUGAACAGAUCACGGCUGAAAUACAACAACAGAGAGAUGACGUAGAAAUGACCCUGGGAGAAUUAAACAUAAAAAAGAAUGAACUGGAAGCAAGCACUAUACAGAUGGAUACACAGAGAGAUGAGAUGUCUAGUGAAGAGUCAGAACUAGACAAACUACAUUUAGAAAAUCUAGAAAUUACAAUAAAUAAACGAGGAGAUGAGCUGAAAUCUAUGAAGAUUGAUAUACAAAAUCAACAAAUCGAGACAAAAGACUCAAAGGAACAGGUCGAUGCAGAAACACAAACCCAGGUGUUCCAGAUGGAGAAAGGUACAGAACAAGUGGAUAUGGCAACACAGACAUCUUCACCAGAGAUGAAAGGAGGACAUGCAAAAGAAGAGGAACAUAUGAAACUAAAGAGAGUAAGAAAUUGGGAGAAAGAAAAUGAACUGGUCCUCACAAUGAUUCAGAUUGACAAACAAAAGGAAGACAUGGAAAACAACAAGGUGGAAAUAGAGAGAGCGAAGAACAAGUUGGAGAACAUCAAAGCUGAGAUACAAAUAGCCAAAGAGGAUCUGAAGAAGAGGAGAAGCGACACAGAUCUGGAAGAGGGAACAAGUCUUAUUCAGGGGCAGAAGCUGAUGCUGGUGGAGACUGAGAGACAAAGGCAGCUUGGAGAUUCCUCUCAAUCCACUGAACAGGAGGAACUUGCAUGGACAUCAACAACUGAGCAGGUGCUCCUAGACCAGAGGUCAGAGGAGACACUCUCAAAGAUAGAUCAUCUGAAGAAAAUCUGGCUGAAGGCCAAAACUGAGAGGAAAGAGAUCGAGAGGAUGAAACAUCGAGUUCAGGAGAUGAGAGAACUCCUGGAGAGAAGACUGGAGGUGAUCCAAAAACACGAGCUGGUUCAGAGAGCACGACUACAAAGAGAGAAAGAGGAGCUUGAGAAGAUGAAGGCAGAGCUCAAAAUAAGUAACCAAACUCUAAGCAGAGAAUGGGAUAGAGACAAGAGGAAACUUGAGGAGAAAGAUAAAGAACUGGAUAUGAUAAAAGUGGAGAUGCUAAAACAGAUUGAAAGACUCCAGGUCUGCAUGGAGAGCAUGUCACAAUCACUAUUAAUGACAGAUAUAGGUAUGCAAACUUCAGAGGAGGACCUGGUCCUUGCACAUGAGAGAUCAACCAAGAGAGUGAGAGAGGAGGAUCUAUCAAAGAUCAUUCUUCUCGAAACAUCUGGGAGAGAAGAAACCACAGGGGACUUUGACAGAUCUAAUCUGGAGUUCAAAGGUCAAGGUCAUACUGAGGAAGGAGCGUUGCGCACAAAGACUCAGGUGAGACCAGGAGGAGCUCUGGAGGGAUUACCUGAGGUGCUACGGAGGAUUUGGCGCCUCUGUUGUUGCUUCUGCUGCAGCCGCUGCUGUGGAGUAAGAGAAGAAGAGGAGGAUGAGAACUUGUGAUCGGAUCUCCAUACCUCACAAAUAGUUUGUUUUAUAAAAUUAUAAAUCAUUUAAUGUAUCAUAAUUAUUCAGUAAAUAUGAUAGUGUGUGUAUAAGUGUGCAAUGUUUUCUGUGUGUUUAAGAAAAGUUCAAAGUUGAAGCAUUGACAAAUAAAUGUUAAGGCAUUAAAUAUAUAUUUACCUGUAUUUUCAGGUGAGGGGAUGUGGCCUACUACUAUUAUUGGCAAGCCACUAAAAGAUUUAAAAUAACUGAAGUUGCAGUAUAUAUUUUGAUAAUAUUCAUUUUUAUUUUUUUUAAAUAAAGUUAUCAAGCCUAAAAAUGUGCUUAAGCUUGUCUCAAUUAUUUCUUUAAUACAUUUGGACAAUAUCAUGUUCAUGUUUGAGGACAAAACUAUUAACAUGCCGAAGUCGAAAUCAUGUAACCACACAAAAAAAAACGUUAGUCUGAAGUUGACAGUUAUUUGUAUCAUUUAUUCAACAUACAGGUGUCUUGGGAAAUAAAAUAAUCAAUAAGGACCGAUAAGAGUCCUCCUCAACAUGUUUUGCUUGUAGUAUGAACCAACACAAAGCGGAUGAGAUGACAAACAUGAUGAGAAAAUUCGACCAUUGACAAAUUACAACUCAGGAGAACAUGCGCGAGACUCCAACCGUCCUGAACAACAG